AUGUCAAUAUCUUUACAUGAUUCGCAUGUACAACUCUGGCUUCUUUUAAAACAAUGUGAUAUCUAUCUAUCUAUCUAUCUAUCUAUCUAUCUAUCUAUUUCAGUCUGUUCAUUAUCUAUUUCAGUAUAUACGUUAUCUAUCUAUCUGUCUGUCUGUCUGUCUAUCUAUCUAUCUAUCUGUGUAUUUCAGUCUGUUCAUUAUCUAUUUCAGUAUGUAUGUUAUAUAUUUCAUUCUGCAGGUUAUCUAUCUAUCUAUCUAUCUAUCUAUCUCACUACUUAUGUGUCUAUCUCUCUACGAGUCUUUCCUGUGGAACCGCACUCAUAUCUUUCAGUUCCAGGAUACUUAAAUAUUUUCCCCUAUCUAUCCCCGCCAUCUUCCUUACCAAACACUCAGUGUGGCUGUCGACGACAGUUGAGCCGGGAAGAAAAUAACCUCCGCCUUUCAGCAUUAGUGGCGCCUUUCUUUACUCUUUGCCCGAACGAUACCCAACCCUAA